AUGAAAAAGCGAAAAGAUUCGUUUGAAUCGGAUCUGCAAGCUCUUUGGGUUGGCUUGGAAGGAUCCAAAAACCCAUCAGGAAUGCUGAUGAUGAAGCUGAAAGACAUGCGAAUGGGGACUUUCAAGGGCAUGACGGCAUUGAACAAGAAGAUCCAAGACUUCGCCAAGAGAAAUCGCCUGGACGCACAGGCUGCUGUAAAGCUGGCGGAGGUGAUGGAAAACCGUGACGAUGUGGACGGGGACCUGAUGAAACUUGCGAAGCAUCUCGAGCGCUCCAACAAGCCCUCCUCCCUGGUCAUGAUGAUGCUCCGGGACCUCCGCGAGGGGAAGCCCGUCAAG